AUGGCCGACUUUACAACCUUUGGCGGAACUGAUGAGGAGAACGCUGAGGUCAAGCGCCUCAAUGCUGAAGUCGAAGCGGACCCAGACAACUUCGAGAACUGGGAGAAGCUGAUCCGUGCCUGCGAAAGCCUCGAGGGCGGCCUCAAUCGCAACUCCAGUCCGCAGGCAUUGGCAACCCUCCGCGACGCUUACGAUCGCUUUCUCCUAAAGUUCCCGCUGCUCUUCGGGUAUUGGAAGAAGUAUGCCGACCUCGAGUUUAACAUCUCCGGGCCCGAGUCAGCCGAGAUGGUCUAUGAGAGAGGCUGCGCCAGCAUCACCAACUCGGUUGACCUGUGGACCGAGUACUGCUCCUUCAAAAUGGAAACCACUCACACUCCCCAUCUCGUGAGAGAGCUGUUUGAGCGCGCCGCCUCUCAUAUCGGACUGGACUUCCUCUCGCAUCCGUUCUGGGACAAGUACCUGGAGUGCGAAACUCGACAUGAGGCCCCCGACAAGGUCUUCGCCAUCCUGAAGCGCGUGAUCCACAUCCCGAUGCACCAGUAUGCCCGCUAUUUUGAGCGGUUCCGUCAGAUGGCCCACACCCGGCCUCUGGAGGAACUCGUCUCGGCCGAUAUCGUGGCUCGGUACCGGGCCGAGGUCAUUGCCGAGGCUGCCCAAUUUGGCGUGCAGAAACCCGAGCUUGAGAUCGAGCGGGACAUCCGGGCCAAGAUCGAUGCCUCCUUCUACCAGGUCUUCCAGCGCACCCAGCUCGAGACGAACAAGCGGUGGACGUUCGAGGCCGAGAUCAAGCGGCCGUAUUUCCACGUCACGGAAUUGGAGCACCAACAGCUGGCUAACUGGCGCAAGUACCUCGACUUCGAGGAGGCAGAGGGCAACUACCAGCGGAUAGUGUUCCUGUACGAAAGAUGCCUGGUCACCUGCGCCCUCUACGACGAAUUCUGGUUCCGAUAUGCUCGGUGGAUGGAGGCGCAAGAGAAUAAAGAAGAGGAGGUGCGGAACAUCUAUCUGCGCGCGACCACGCUCUUCGUUCCCAUCAGCAGACCUGGCAUCCGGCUCCAGUUUGCCUAUUUUGAGGAGAUGUGCGGCCGAAUCGACGUUGCCCGGGAUAUCCAUGCAGCUGUGCUCACGAAACUGCCGGACUGCGUCGAGGCGAUCGUGUCGUGGGCAAAUCUUCAACGGCGCCAGAGCGGCCUCAAUGCGGCGAUCGAGGUGUACAAGGCGCAGAUCGACUCGCCCAUCGUCGAUAUUUUCACAAAGGCCGCCUUGGUGACGGAGUGGGCAUACCUGCUGUGGAAGGUCAAGGGUUCGGUCGACGAAGCCCGUACCGCGUUUGUCAAGAACGUGGAGUGGUACGCCGAUAGCCGCCACUUCUGGCAGAAGUGGCUCGAGUUUGAGCUCGAGCAGCCGACCAACGCAGAGCUGGAGACGGAGCACUCUGAGAGGGUCAAGACCGUCAUCACCGAGAUGCGCGCCAAGAGCCGUCUGUCACCGGGCAUCAAGCAGGAGCUGGGUCUGAUGUACAUGAAUUACCUGCAGCAGCGCGGAGGAAAGCAGGCGAUGAAGGAAUUCUUAGCCAUUGAUCGAGAGCUCUUCGGGCCGCAAUCUGUCUCCCAGAUCACCAAAGCGAAACAGUCCAAGGACAGCAGUGGGGUUCCCGAACUCGACGAAGCGACCCGUCUCAAGGCGGAGAAACGCUUCUAUGCCUAUUACGAACUGCACAUGGAUCCAAACCCCAAUGCCCAAGGUCCAGCUAGCUUCGAAUAGCUGCAACCAUCCGGUGACAUGCCAGUCGGGGGGGCGACUGGCAGGCGUUGUAUCAUAGCAGUUUCGAGCUGCCUUCUCGGCUCGUCAUCAUUGGGGUUGGUUUUGGUUUGCGCCGGAGCCAAGCACUUACGACAGGACUGGCUUUUGUGCUGGGUGGGGGUGGUAGAAGACCGUCUGGGGAGACGAUUGCUGGACUCGGAUGGCUCGUUAAUGCUUCCCUGCGAUCUGAAUACCUUGAUAUCUCGGUAUAGGGAGAGAAGCAGUGUACCAUUGUAUCAACACCAUCGUAUCAUGCU